GGCGCGCGCGUCUCCCGGGCAACGCUCCGCGCGCGCAGAUGGGCUCCUCGCAGUGCCCGGCUGCGUGCGACCUGCGCCGGGGUCUCCCGCUUCUCCACGCCUGACAGCCCGCGGCGCGGAACCAUCACCCAGAUGCCGAGAUGUUUCAUGGAACAAUCACCAAAGAGCUUACCAGUCAUGAAGAAUGGAGUCACUACAAUGAAAAUAUCAUUGAAGAUCAGAAGGACUUUGUGUUUGUAAAGUAUAAUGGCCUCCAUCUGAAGUCCAUGGAGUGCCUGCAGUCCUGUAUCUCUCUGAGGGUGUGCAUCUUCUCUAACAACUUUGUCACUGACAUCCAGCCUCUGCAUAGCUGCAUAAAACUCAUAAAACUUGAUCUCCAUGGAAACCAGAUAAAGACUCUUCCAGACAGAAAUUUUUGGGGUGGACUCAAGAACUUAAAACUCCUCUAUCUCCAUGACAAUAGUUUUUCCAAGCUGAAGAACAUCUGUGUGUUAGCUGAGUGUGAAAGCCUUAUUGGGCUGACCAUGUUUGACUGCCCCGUGAGUCUUAAGAAAGGAUACAGGCACGUACUUGUCAACAGUAUCUGGUCUCUCAAAGCUCUGGACCACCAUGUUAUAUCCGAUGAAGAAAUCAUUCAGAACUGGCAUCUUCCAGAGAGAUUUAAAGCAUUCAACCCCAGGCUAUUCUUGAACAUUUGCCCUGCGUUGAUAAAGGGCACAACCUAUGAGGAUGAAAUUAAAAAUGUCAAACGUAUAAUUUCAAGGAUUAAUGGAAUUCUGGCUCAUAAUUCACCAGUGUUGAUUAUUCAGAGGUGGAUACGUGGUUUCAUAGUUAGGAAGCACUUGAGCCCCUAUUUUACACGUAAAAAGCCUCAGGAGAAAAUGAUUAGGGUACUUGAAACAAAAUGGAUCUGCAUAGGUAGAAGACAUGAAGACAAUUUCUUGGAGGACAUCUUCCUUUUCAAGCCUGAAUCCAAUAUAAAAGGGAAAGUUGCACAUUGGAAGCAAAUGAGAUGUACUCCUGUUGACUUUAAACAGUCUACUGACUACAGAAAACACAUUUCCUGUCUUUCAUACGAAUUACAAACAAAAGAUACUGGCAGAAAACCACAAACACCAAGCCAUCAAAUUCAGAAAGGUCAGAAGGAGUCUAAAGCCGACUCUGAGGAUGAAGAAGCGGACACUAGGUUUAGGAUAUCUUCUGUGAAGAUUCCUCUAUACUCCACUAGGUCGCUCACGUAUGGUGCAAUGUUGAGGGAGAUGAAGUGGGAAUACUUCCCAGACUAUCUCCAGCCACUUCCCGCCAGUCGUCCAAAGGCAGAAAUCAAGAGGCAGACACUAGAGGAGCUGAAGGAAAGGAGAGAGUUUUUGGCCUCCCAGAGGGCAGGCGUGAAGCUCCACAUGUUUAAUGACAUUGAUAAAUAUCACUCAGAACAAAGGCACCAAGAAAAACAAGCAGAAAAGUCAACAUUUGUAGUCAUGGCACAGAUUGCCCAAGAAAGAGCUAGGCUCAGCGUCAGAGAUGCUCUAAGUAGGAAAAUGUUUACAGCACAAAGGCUGAUGGAAAAAGACAACGAGACACUCCAGAAAGGCUUACGACAAAUUUGGAAGGAAAAGCUUGCCUACCUUGAAAAAGUUAGAGAGCGGAAAACCAUGUUUCUAGCUGAAAAAAAGCUAAAUGCCCUCGACCAUUCCUUAGUGCAGAGCAUCAACAACGAGCGGACCCUUCUACUCAAAGGAAUCUUUGAGGUUGACAGAAUGAAGAGAAACAUGAAUGAGUUAAGAAAGAAGCACCUGAUGGUCACCGACAAACGGAAAACAGAGAAGUAUAAGCAAAGUAUGCUGAGGCAGCUGAAGGAGAUCAGGGCUGAAGAAAUUCGUAGAAGACACAAUGAAGAGAAGUUUGUUAUGAAUACACUCAUCUUUCAAAAAGCCUGUGCAAGACUAGAGGAGGCUAAAGCAAAGGCUGAAUUUAUUAAGACACAUUACACAUCUAAGUCUCAGAAAAGAGAAUAAGAAUGGGCCAGGACCAGUUCACAGCCGAUGAUAACCAUAAAUCAUGGCCCUAUUUUUGUUGAAAGGAUCUUGAAAUAAAUCUUGGGAGACAUACUCUGCACAAGUAUGUCAGGGCAUGAGCCUGUUCAAGUUGAAAGAGAAGAGAGCCGUGGUUUUCAUACAGAUUAUAUUGUACAUCUGGCUGACUUUACACUUGUUAUAUACCCAUGUGUUCAAAAGUGAGUCAAAGCUGUGGGAAUCCUUCAAAAAGUCUUCAAAAGGAUGUACAGUUCCAUAGGUUCUGAAGAUGAACAAGUUAUGAAACAUUUUCAAAAUUUUCUGCUGCUUUCAUUUUUUAUUGCUGAAUUUUAUUAAGAUAUAACAUGCAGUAAAAGUUUUAGUUACCCAAUUUCACAUAUUGAAUUAUAAUACAUUUCCUGAUUAUGUUAUUAAAACAAUUUCUGAA